UACAAGGUGUGGGUGAAGCCUGGCUCUGAGCAGUCCUUCCUCUAUGGCAACCAUGUGCUGAAGUCAGGGCUGGGACGCAUCACGGAGAACACGGCGCAGUACCAGGGGGUGGUGGUGUAUUCCAUGGCUGACGUGCCACUGGGCUUUGGGGUGGCUGCCAAGUCCACACAGGAGUGCAGGAAGGUGGAUCCCUUGGCCAUUGUGGUGUUCCACCAAGCUGAUGUCGGGGAGUACGUGCGGAACGAGGACACACUGACCUGA